AUGUUUUGUUUAUUUCUCAUAACUCUCCUCUCCGUCUCAAUCCCCCUUGCAAACGCAGUGGAUGGGUGCAGCGGCCGCGGAGCCGUAUGCCGUCGUGGUCCUCCAAGCUUGCUCCCUGCCUCUCCUCCAAGAUACUUCCCACGAGCGAUGAUGGAGGAUGCCACCACCACGUCCGCUGGAACCACAGGCGCCUCGAGUGGAACGUCCUCAGCAACGUCCACGACGACCACGACAAGCACGGUGACCAUGACGGUCACUACGACUUCGAGUCCUUCUACGGAGUCAACGGCCACCACGACUUCUAGCCCUUCUUCUCAGCCAAGCAAUCCAACUGAAACUCAAUCGCGUGCAACAUCUACAUCUAUAUCUACAUCUACAUCUACAUCUACAUCUACAUCUGCAUCUGCAUCUACAUCUACAUCUACGUCUACAUCUACGUCUAUAUCCACGCCGAUCCCCACGCUCGAGCGCAGUCGUCGAAAUAAUCGGCCCUUGACCGAUUGUGCAUACGAGUAA